AACAUCCUAGGUUGAAGAUGUAUACUUUUUUUGGGACCUAGCUAGCAAACUUCCAGAAGAAGGAAGGAUCACCGACCCACAUGACAACCAUUGUCCAAUGGGAACACACAUCCCUAGGAUCAUCUCUCAGUUUAGAAUAGAAGGAGCAGCCGCAGACAACGCAAAGGGAGGUUGAUUGAAAAACAAGAGGAGAAAUGUAUAGAAAAAAAGUAGUUUACAUCCAUUUGUAGCUCUGUAAAGUAAACGGACAAGUAGCUGGAUUACUAUAGUCACAUCAACGCCACGAGUUACGGACCCUCCCUGGCCCACCACUCCCUGCUCCACCUUAGAGCCCUCCAGAAACUCCACUCCCCACCUUCUUAAAGAUGGAGCUGCAACAUAUCCACUGUGUGACCUGCCUGAGUCAGAGGUGCAUGACCAGGCCUGAACCUGGUAUCUCCUGUGACCUGGUCACCUGCCCCUUGGUCUGCGGGGCCAUCUUCCACACCUGCAAAGGACCCGAGCACCGCCUCCUCUGCCCCCUGGAGAGGGUGCCCUGCCUGAACAGUGGCUUUGGCUGCCCUGCCACCCUGGUGCGGACACGGAUUCCCGCGCACCUGCAGGUGUGUCCAGCGGGCGUGGUGUGCUGCACCAUGGAGUGGAACAGGUGGCCGAUCAGCUGCCUGGACUACACCUCAUACGAGAGCCUGAGUUGGGGGGUGGAGGAGACAGAGCAGCUGGACAUGGCGCUCGCCCUGCAGGACCAACACACGCUGAUCGAGUCCCUCAAGGUGGUCGCCAUGGCGCCCACAGUCGAAAGACAGCCAGCUGUUGUCGCCAUAGAGAGCGAGAGUGAGAAGGACACUGCUUCGGACGCUGCUGUGCUGGUGGUGGCUGACCCUAUAGCUGCCACAUCUGUGUCAUCAUCGGUGUCAUUGACGACACAGUCAUCUCCGUUAUUGACUAUGCAGUCAUCUCCGUUAUUGACUAUGCAGUCAUCUCCGUCAUUGACUAUGCAGUCAUCACCGUCAUUGACGACGCAGUCAUCACCGUCAUUGACGACGCAGUCAUCACCACCAUUGACGGCGCAGUCACCACCACCACCAUUGACGGCGCAGUCACCACCACCACCAUUGACGGCGCAGUCACCACCACCACCAUUGACGGCGCAGUCACCACCACCACCAUUGACGGCGCAGUCACCACCACCACCAUUGACGGCGCAGUCACCACCACCACCAUUGACGGCGCAGUCACCACCACCACCAUUGACGGCGCAGUCACCACCACCACCAUUGACGACGCAGUCACCACCACCACCAUUGACGACGCAGUCACCACCACCAUUGACAACGCAGUCACCACCACUUGGCUCAGCGAAGGAUAAAAUUGCCAACGGAAUAAACGGUUUGAAUGAGGAGCGGUAUAGCAAGCUGUACGAGGCCACGGUGGAGACGGCGAGGAGCCUUGCUGCCGCGUUGGACGUCCUCAGCAGCGCUAACAGCUCUGACAACAACACAGAGCAACGCAUCAACAUCAACGGAGGAGCAGUGCUGGAGCCUCAGCGUAGGGAGAACAGCAGUGACAGGAACGAGGAGCUGCUGCUUCACAACAGGCUGGAGGCCAAAGGUCCUGUAGCUGAGGGUGUGGAUUUGAAGGAAUGCUACGGACAGCUGCACCAACUCCACCAGGCUACAGUCCAGCUAAGGAGGAGCCUGGUAACAGCCCUGGGUGACCUCGGCAACACAGUCAAAUACACAGACCCAAUCAACGGAGCCCCCUCUCACCCGCAGGCGGAGCCUAACGGCAGCUCCCACCAAUUGGAAGAUUCAGACUCAAUGAACGUUGAGAUGAAAGAUGCUGAGGCAGGGUCAUCAGUCAGACCGCUGAAAGUGGUCAGCAGAACCGACAGUGAGGUUGCCAUGAACGUCGUUGCCGAUGGAAACAUGCAGAUGGAGCUUUUAUGUGUGGCCUCAAAGAGUGUUGAGGGGAUGGAUGGACAGAGCCUAGGUUCAGAUUCAGCAGACCAGCAACAGCCUGGAACCAGUUGGUCCUCCAGUGAAGCAGUAUGCCCAGUCAAGGUGCAAGAUGACUUGAAUCCGUCACCUGUGCCUCAGGGGUCCUGUGGGUCUCGGCCACAACCCCAGUCUCACCCAGACCCUCCACUAGCACCACCCCUGCAUAUCAACCAGGGUAUUGCUCACAGGGCCAGCCACGUGGUCCUAGAGGACAGAGGGCUGGAGAGGAAGUUCCAGAACCACCAGUUGCUCAGAGGCUUGGGCCAGUUUGCUCUGUCCAACGGACGGAGGGUCCGGGUUAGGUUUAGACCCAAAAUGGAGGACAAAGCGGUGGAUACGUCAGACCUGGAGCAGGAGGACGACCCCAUGGGCCUGGGGGAGAUUGACCUGAUCACCGCAGCCCUCCUCUUCUGCCUUGAGGAGUCCCGCAAGUGCCGCAGAAUCUCUGAAACGACCUACGUAGACGGCUUCCACGUCGACUUCGGCACGCAGACCUUCACUUUCCCAGCGGCCAUCUUGGUGACCAGCACAAGGGUGGGCGACGUGGCAUCUGCGGCUGCCUGCGACCACGCGCCCCAACUCUCCUACCCCAGCCCCUUCCGCACCCUCCGCCUGGACCUGGUUCUAGAGGAGGUUCCACAGAUCCGGAACAUGCCAUGUAAUCGGCUCCAGCAAAUGUUCUCCUUCGUUUGCGGCCAGCUGUUCCGCAGGGAUGAGUACUCCUCCCACUUCAAGAACGUCCACGAGGACAUCCACGCGGGCCUCAACGGCUGGAUGGAGCACCGCUGUCCCUUGGCCUACUACGGCUGCACUUACUCCCAGCGCAGGUUCUGCCCCUCAUCCCAGGGGUCAAAGGUCAUCCACGACCGGAACCUUCGGUCAUUCGGGGUGCAGCCCAGCCCCGUUGGGGGGGAACCGUUGGGCGAGUCCCAAUCAGACCAGUUCAGUGGGCUUCCCUUUGAGGUGCUGCAGCAUGUGGCCCGCUUUCUAGACGGCUUCAGCCUGUGCCAGCUGUCCAUGGUGUCGCAGACCAUGAGGGACGUGUGUGCUAGCCUUCUGCAGUCCCGGGGGAUAGUGGAACUACGGUGGGCGAGGAGGCAGUACCCAAACGGCACCUUCUCAUGGCAGAUCAAAGACAGGGUGUGGAGAUUCAGCACUGCCUUCAGCCCCGUUAGUGAGUGGCGGUUCGCCGAAGUCUCCAGCAUGUCCGACCACCUGAGGAAGUGCCGCUACAACACCGUCGAGCGCAAGAUGGAGGCCGUUCCACUGCCCUCCAUGUGCACAGCCAGAGACAGAUCCCUCCUCUCAGUCUUGAAACUCCAGGAGCAACACAUGACCUAACCUCUGUUAGCUACACUGUGUAAUUUAAUACUAUAGGUUUUGACGUUACAUGUAUUUUUUAUAUUGAAAAAGACUGGGAGAAUCGCAAUUGCAUACUACUUCUCCUUCAACCGUCAUACAACACGGGACACAGGGAGAAUCUCAAUUGCAUACUUCUGGCGGAGAAGGUCAGAGAGGAGGGACCUCUGGCUUUCUCAUCCAAUGGGUUUUGAGGCGAGGAGAGGACGCCAGCAGUAUGCAAUUGAGAUUCUCCCUGUGUCUCGUGUUGUAUGACGGUUGACGGAGAAGAGCCAUAAUGUAUGAAAUAAUACUUGAUCUGCUUGACACACGGAUACAGUAGGUUUCUUGACCUGCAGUGUAUCCAUACGAGAUGUAAAUCAGUACUAUUUAACAAUUUAACUUGCAUGGUUUGGUGGUGUUUAAAUCGUGCCCCUAUUUUGGUAACAUGAUUUUCUUGGACAGAUACUGACCAUACAUAGAAAGAAAUAUAAAUAUUUUCACUGUCUUGCCUUUCAGUCAUAGCCAUGGGAUGAGCAAUUUUUUUUCCAUAUCGCACCAUUUUCCCAUAAGAGUUAUGCUAGCACUUUAAUGAAAUGUGCAAGUCCCUGGUCACUCUUACACCAAUGUACCAAAAGCAUCCUAAUUUAAAUGAAUUUGGGGGGAUCAAUAUGUGAUAUGUGCAAACUGUACUUGAAGGACCAGUGGGUUGGACCAGAAAGUGACCACAACACACAAAACAAAGGAAGAGAAGUCACACGUGGUCACAUGGAGAUGUCCCAACAAUGCAUGUGAUUUUUUUGCUGUUUAAUAAAAUUAAUCUUUAAUACCACCUUU